GUGUACAAUUGGCCUGUGAAGGAAAUCAAAAAUGCAGGCGGACAAAGAUAGAGGAAUUGGAAAUUCUGUGUAGUGGUUCAUAGUCAAUUCCCAGAGUUCUUUUGCUGGAUGUAGCUCAUUCAUUUCAUUACUGCUCUAUUGGAACUGAUUUGGUUCAUCUCAUUGUUGAAGAGGGCCACGACCAUGAGAAUUGAUCAUCAUAUAGUAUUGUUGUUGAAGUAUAUAAUGAUCUCCUGGUCCUGCUCAUUUCACUCAGCAUCAGUUCAUGUAAGUCUCUCUCCAGGCCUUUCUGAAAUUAUCCUGCUGGUCAUUUCUUAAUAGAACAAUAAUAUUCUAUAAUAUUCAUAUAUCACAAUUUAUUCAGCCAUUCUCCAAUUGAUGGGUAUCCACUCAGUUUCCAGUUUCUGGCCACUACAAAGAGGGCUUCGGCUAGCUUUCUUAAAGGCCUUCCGGAGUCUUGGUUUCAGUGGAGAAAAUGGAGGAGAGCCUACCACCAAGGUGGUGUGAGAUGGGAUGAAUGAAGCUGAGUCUAAGGGCUUGUGCUUUAGCCUCUAGUCCUUUGGCUUCCCUAGCUCUGAAUCAAUCUGGCUGAAUCAAUCUGGCUCACUAGGAGUGAGGCUCCUAGUUUAUAUGCUCUACACUGAUUAUAAACCAAUCAUUACAUCAGUAGGAAACCAUUAUUUGUUGUAAGCUUAAAUCAAUCACACUGAACUUACAAAACUAUUAAGCAUCAUGCUAAACUAGAUAAUCAGUAUCUCAUCGAUUCUACUGAAUUAGCACCUUAUAAGAAUCCUUAUUUCAAGUUCAGAGUUCUGGCCCAUAACAAUUAAGAUAAACAUGUUUUUUGAUGUUGUUCAGUUGUUUUUGUUGUUUCUGACUCUUUGUGGCCCCAUUGGGGUUUUCUUAGCAAAGAUACUAGACUGGUUUGCCAUUUCCUUUUCCAGCUCAUUUUAAACAUGAGGAACUGAGGCAAACAGGGUUAAGUGACUUGCCCAGGAUCACUCAGUGUUUGAGGCCACAUUUGAACUCAGAAAAGAGUCUUGAUACAGUAAUGCAAUAAAUAAUUAAAUAAAAUUGUCCAGAAGUAUUAAAACAAGAGGAAAAAAAAAAUUCAUGGAUCACCACCAGAAAGAGAUCUUAUGAGGAAAACAUACAGGAAUAUCAGAGCCAAAUACUCAAACUGCCCGUUCAAGGAGAAUUAUGAGGAACAAGAAAAAAAAAAUUACAGAGCCACAAUUAGAAUCACAGAAAACUUAGCAGUGGCUACAUUGAAAGACUGCAGCUUUGGGAACACUUUAUUAUCAAAGAGCAAAAGAAUGGGAUGCAGUCAAAAAUAUUAUACUCAAAAAAGUUAAGCAUAAUCCUGAAUAACAAUAAUAAAAAGGACAUUCAAUGAAAAGCCAGACUUUUCAUUGUUUUUGUUUUUGUUGCAAAAAGACCUGUACUUAGUAAAUUUGACAUAUAAGAUCCAAGAAAAAUAUAAGCUAAAUAUCAAAGACUAAUUAUAAGGGACUCAAUAAGGACAAGUUGUUUUUGCUUUGUAUGUGGAAAAUGUAAACUUACGUCUAAGAUUGUCAUUAGUAAUUGGGUAGUUUGAAAAAAAAGAUUGGGUUAGAGCUGAGUAUGAUGUGAUUGUAAAAAGCAAAACCGUGAAGGAAGAGGUAAAAAGAGUAAUUAUCUUAUUCAAAUAAGUUGCAAAACUGACACAGGAAUUAGAUGGAGAGAAAAUCUGGUAAUUCUGGAACCUGGAUUAAAGAGGAAAUAGAUAUAUGUAUAUAUAUAAUGUCUAGAAAGGUAAAAUCUUUUAAAUUCAGAAAGAAAUAAGGGUUAAAGGGAUAGGAAUUGGAGAGAAUAAGUGAGGUAGUUUUAGAAGGAACCCUACUCUCAUCAGAUCAAGGUUAAAUAGAGAACAGCAUAAAUUUUGAAGGGAAUAAAAGUCUUCUAAAUUUUUAAAAAAAUGAGAGUGAAGGAAUAGAAUAAGGAGGAGAGUAUAGAAGGGUGUGUAGAUGAAUGGAAAAGAGAUAUGCUUUCUAGAUUAACAGGAAUGGGAUAAGGAAAGUUAAGGGGAAGAGGAUAAGUGAGAGACUUAGGGAGAGGGCUGGUUUAAGUAAUAAGAAGGCAAGGUAGUGGGUAGAAGUAAAGGCAUCAGGAGGGAAAGAAAAUGGAUACAAAUAUAAAGAUCAGGAGUAGAAUAUUAUGUAAAAAAGGGAUAGUAAUUAAGAUCUUAGGUAAAGUUAAGCUAAAAUAGAUUUAAUCCAAAAAAAUAGGGAAACACUAUAUAUCAGUCAUAUAAAUCAAUAUUAUCUUAGACUAACUAGACAGUAUAAAGUUAGAAUAUUGCUAUGGUAUAGGAAAUGAUGACUUGAUGGAGUAAGAAAAAUAUAGAAAGGCUUGGACUUAAGAAGAUGUUCUCCACCUUCAGAGAAACAGAACAGACAAGCAUAAUAUAGUCUACAUGUCUAUAUGUAUAUAAAAAAAUCUAUGUAUAUGUGUACAUGUAUAUGUAUGUGUAUAUGCGAAGGAGGAAAAAGAAUAAAGUGAAAUGUGCACAGCAGAGAACAAAAGAAAACCUACAGGGAAGCAAAGAUGGACAACUCUGAACACAGAGUGUGAAACUGUUAUCAUAUAGGCUUUCUUGAAAUGAAAAUUGCUUUAUAUUUUGAAUUCUCAUGUUGUGCUGCACACAUGGCAAUUUUUUCCCCUCUUAAGUUUAAAACAAAUACAAAAAAAAAAAAAAAAAAAGAAAAGGAAAGGAAAGACCUUUGAGUGCCUCAUUUAAUUGCAGCAUUCAUUAUGCACUAACAGGGUGCCAGCUCAAGUCAGGUUCAUUCCCUAAAAGGACUUUGUCUCAUAUUUCACAGAAAAAAAGAUAGUCAUUUGCUAAGAAUUCCAUUUUCUCCUUUCCUCCUUAUCUUGGAUCACCCAGAUUUUGUGCCCUACUGUUUCCAUCUUCACUUUAAUCUUGGCUUAUUCUCUCCAGAAUUACUAAGGAUUCUGUAUUGAUAAAUUUAAGGGCCUUUUACUCAGUCCUUAUUUUGACCCCUGAUAUAACAAUGUUGAUGACUUUCCUUAAUAGUAUCUUUUUCUAGAUUUCUGGAACACCAUUCAUUCUUGGUUCUCUUAGAUGCUCUUCCAAUUCAUGUCCUUUAACUGUAGAUGUCUCUCAGGGUUCUUUUCUAGACCUCCUUCUAUUGUGGGGCUUCUUAAACUUUUUCCACUUGCAAUCCCUUUUUGCCUAAGAAAUUUGUGAUCCUGAGUAUAUAGGCAUAUAAAAUAGGUAUACAAAUCAAAUAUUUACUGAUCAUAAAUCAUAAUUUCAUGACCUCCACAUUCAAUUAUGUAACUCCAUAUUGGGGUUGUAACAGUUUAAGAAGCUUUGUCCUAUUACAUCUGAUACUGUCUUCAGCUCCCAUGAUUUAAUUACUUUUUUUUUUCCGGAGGCUACUGGGGUUAAGUGACUUGCCCAGGGUCACACAGCUAGGAAGUAUUCAGAGUCUGAGACCAAAUUUGAACUCAGGUCCUCCUGACUGCAGGGCUGGUGCUUUAUCCACUGUACCCCCUACCUGCCUCUUAAUUACCUUCUUUAUGCUAAUGUUUCUUAAAUGUACUUAUCCUGCCCUGUUCCUGGCUUCUUUUAAGUUAUAUCUAAAAUUUUUGUUUUGUUUUGUUUUAUUUACAAACCUUAAUUCUGGUCCCUUUCCUCUCUUAAUUAUUAUCAAUACUGGAAAAAAACUUGUUUGUACAUAUUUGAAUCUGUCUUGCUUAUUAGAUUGUGAUCUCAUUUAAGGCCAUAAUUAUCUUUUGUGUCUUUUUGGCUUCCUAAAGCUUCUAUAUUCAUGUAGAAAAUGAAAUAACAAUCAAAAGAAUUCACAGAUCAUUGCCAGGAUAAAAAUACCCUCAAGGCUACUAACCUAUAGUGGUUAAAAUGAACAAUUCAGUUCUGAAAUGGCAAUUUUAUUAGAACUUAGGUAAAGACUUUGAAAUAAAAAGGAAAAAAAAAAUUAAAGUAAGACUAUUCUGCAUCCUGCCAGAAAACAGGAGAGAAUGGAAUAAUGUGUUCUAAAAAGCAAGGGAGUUGAAGGUUCAGCAAAAGGUGACUAAUCCUGCAAUUUUGAACUCAGUCACACAUGGGGGAAAAAAAAUCAUUUAAUAGUAAUCACUUGAAAUGUUUUUUAGAAAGGUAACCAGGACUGAAAAGAUUAUUUGCUUCUCGGGCACCUCAAAAAAUAGAAAUGCAGAAGAAGUGAAUAAGUGCAGCAGUCAAGGAUGGCAAUAGCAAUAGGGAAAGCAGAGAGAACAGUAAGAAGCUUCUUUCUAAAUGUGUAAAAAGAGAAAGUGGUGAAGGCAAGGUGGAUAUGGGGCAUAUGGAUACCUUGCUUUAUAUUAUGGAGGGUGCAUGAUAGGAUAGGGAAAGAGGAAAGCAGAGAAAAAGAGAAAAGUGAGUGAUGCAAGGGCUAACAAUGAGGGGAAGGGAGAAGGGGAAAUGAUUAAAAUGGGAGUCCCACUGAUAAAUACUCCUAUGGCUAAAGAGAGAUGUUCUGUCAAAGGAGAUGGGGGCUUACCCUGGGGGAGGUAGUGCUUGAAUAGUCAACCUUUCCUAUCUUGGGUAGAAGGGAGUCAAGGUUCGGGAGAAACUGGCACCUGGGGGAAGGAAAACUUGUGGCAAAUAGAGAAAGGAAGCCACCUGACAGUGGCUGCUGGAGAUCCAACCCAGAAUGGAUCUCCUCUGUGAGAAGAUGAUACAAAGAGAUUGAGAGACAGUUGCUGUUCUCUGACCUCCCUGACUGUGAAGCUGUUCUUUGAUCUCUCUCCUCUUCCCUCUGCCUCCAGUUUAUCUCAUUCCCAAUCCGCAACACCUGAGGCUGCCUUAGUUUGCGUUGGAUGUUAUCACCUCGAAUGGAGCAAAUCCUUUAUUGUCUCUUUCCAAGUCUUGUCUCCUUUCCUGGGGCCCGGUUAGUUUUCUUAGAGGGCUAUCUAUCUCUCUUCUUGGUUCCAAGAGCUCCUGCCGCUAGUCCUUUGCCUCUGCCAGCUUCUGCCUCUAGCUCCCUUCGAAUGUCUCCAGGCAGCACAGGGGUGGAAGAUGGAAUGACUCUGUCUUAGCCUCUCAGAGCUUCUAGUGCGCUUGUCUUUUAGUGGGCUUGUCCUUCUGGCCCUGACAGUUCCUCCUUAUAUGCCCCAUACUGAGUAUUAUUAUAUCACUAGGAAAUCAUUAUUUGUUGUAGGAUUAAAUCUAUGCUAAACUAGAUUUAACCAUUGUCUCCUCAAUUCCACUUAGUACCUUGUUUAAAGUGCUGGCCCAUAACAUCACCUUGUAGGAUCAGAUCAAUCAUACUGAACCAUGCUAAAUUAGAUAAUUAUUAUCUCAAUCAAUUCCAUUGACUUAGUACCUUGUAAGAAUCCUAACAGAAGGUAACCAGGGCAGAGUAUAGAUCAGUGAUUGGCUGCAUAACUAGGGAUGUAAAGGGAGAGGGACUUGUAUCAUGCCAUAAUGCCUUCUCUGACACCUGCAUUAUUUGGCAUUGUUCUGGAAGUUAGGCACAAUGGAAAAGGAUAAUCCUAUUCCAAAUAAUUAGAAAAUCCACAAAAUAUCUGGGAAUCAACCCACCAAAGCACACAAAAGACAUAGAUUCAAUUACAAAGGAUUCCUUAAAAAAUAACUUAGCUAGAAGGAUGUUCAGUGUUCAUGAUUAGAUUAUGCUAAUAUAAUAAAAAUGACAAUACUAUCAACAUUAAUUACCUUUUAAUGCUAAUCAAAUUACUGAGAUGAAUUAUAGAACUUGAUAUAACAAAAUUCAUUUGGAAAAAAAAUAUCUAGAAUAUUAAGGAAAAUUAUGAAAAGAGGAAUGAGGAGGAAAUAAUACUUCUAGACUUAAAACUUUUAUAAAAUAGCAAUCAUCAAAAUCUCUUGUAUUUGGUAGAUCAGUGAAACAGAUUAAACAAGGAGGAUCCUGAAACAUAACUUAGCUGGGAGAAAACACAUUUGAUAUAAAAAAAAAAUUGAUUGGAAAGCAGUCUGGCAGAAAAGAGGCUUUGACUACAACUUACACCACAAUCUAAUGCAUCCUAAACGGAUAUUUGACCUUAAUAUUAAAGAUUAAACAUUUGGAGAAAAUUAUUUUUUUUAAAGAAACAUCUGGGUAGAAGAAAUACUUUUAUCUGAACAAGAGAUUGAAGAAUUACAAAAGAUGAAAAAAUAGAUUAUUUUGAUCACUUCAAACUAAAUUUCUGUACAUGUGUCUAGAAUAAGAAGGGAAAUAGUCAAAUGGGGAAAAAUUAUAUAAAAUUUCUCUGUUAAAGGUUCGGUAUUCAAGAUAUAUCAAUAUGUAACAUAUACAUUCACAUAUAUAUGUACUAAAAACCCAUUUGUCAAUAUGACUAAAAGUCAUUUGCCAAUAGAUAGGUGUUCAAAGGAUGAAAAACAAUUCUCAAAAGAAAAAUUUCAAGUAUUAACUACAUGAAAGAUUGUUUCAAAUCACAAAUAUUAAGAGAGGUGAUUGCAUAUAUUUUUGUACCUUUCCAGUGAAUUAGUUUAUUAUGCUGACUUUGGGAGCGAGAGACUUAUAUAAGUAUUAGAAGCUAUCAAUAAAAACUUAUUUUUUAAAAGAUCUUCUGGGUCAACCAACAAGAUGGGAGACUAGACAUUUUCUGUGAUCUUAAUGACUUCUCCAACUUUUAUAAAAUAGGAAGUAUGCACAAAAGAGAAACAAGUUCAACAGUUUUCAUAAUCUAGAACACCAAGAAUACAAAAAACAUAAUGAAUUUAUAGUAGAGAAAUCAAUUCAUAAGCUCCUAACAUACUCAUUUAAUAUUCCAUAGUAUACCAUAUUCAUACAGCACAUCUGCACAAAUUGACCUACUAGCUUGCAACAAAAUUCAAUUCUCUUCCUCCAGUGCCUCAGAAAUCCAAAAACUCAAAGCUUGAUUCCAACCAGUUUCAAUGAUUAUCAUGCUGCCCAAGAAAAAAAAGUAUCAAAAAGGAAAAAAAUGAGUGGAAAAAAUGCAAUCAAAAAACAACAAAAAAGUAAAAAUACUACUUUGUGAUCCACACUCAGUUCCCACAGUCCCCACAGUCCUCUCUGCGAACAGAUGGCUCUCUUCAUCACAAGAUUAUUGAAACUGGCCUGAAUCAUCUCAUUGCUGAAAAAAGCCAUGUCCAUCAGAAUUGAUUAUCCUAUAAUCUUGCCAUCAGCAUUACGUUUAUGCUUGUCAAUGUUCUUCCAAGAAUAUGAAGAACCAGAAUUGUAUGUCGUAUUCCAGAUGUUGCAUGAUCAGGACAUAGUCAAUAAUAGCAUUACUGUAUAUUAUCCUGGACACUAUAACUCUCAACGAAGCCUAAGUUUAAAUUAUCUUUUUGGGAAGCUGCAUAUAUACUUUAUCCCUUAUGUUCUCCUAUAAAUCCUAUUUUCUAUCUUAUAGCAUCUGCAUGUAGCAUGGUAAUUUUUUACUUUUAAUAAAGAAUUAAUUACAAUUUCUGUCUGAGGUCACUUAUGGAACAAGUCACAUUCUGAGCAAGUAUAAUGACAAUAAAUGUAUGUAAAAUGAACUACUUCUUUUUGUUUUAAACCUCCAUUUUGUGAUUAAGAAACUGUUAAGUAUCCAGAAGAGGGUGACCAAAAUGUGAAGGAUUCAAGAACAUUCCAUAUGAAGAUCAAUUGAAAUGCCAGGAAAUAUUUGUAUGGACAGACUUUAAAGUUCCGCUUGUGUAGUCAAACAUAGUUAUUGUGUCUUUUUCAAUUUAUAGCAUAACACAAGUAGAUGCUAAGGUAGGAAAUCCAGAAUUCCCAGAAUGUAACUUUUUAGUAAGUUGAAUGAGAAUUUAUAAAUAUCAACUGUAACACUACUAGAAAUUGUGUCUUUCUCCCCAAAAUGGAAUGCAAUUAAAUGUCAUAGAUUUACAAAUAAAGUCUUAACCUGGCUAGCAGCAUUCUUGAAUCUUUAUUUUAACAGUUGAUCAAGGAAGAUGAAAGUAAGAUUAGUUUAUCUUCAAUUUUAAAAAAUUAAAGAAAAAGAACAUUUUACAAGACUUCUGGGAAAAGGCACAAAGCACUGAGGGAAAUAUAUCUAGUAUUUACUGAUGUUAGUCCACUAAUAAACAGAUUUCUAGACACAUGUUCAGCUACCAAACAAACAGGAAAAUGUUAUUUACCCAAAAAAGUUAAAAAAAAAAAAACUCCCCGAGUUUACAAUAAAAGGUGAAAAGAAUGCUAAGUUGGUAAAAUAAAUUUUACUCCUAGUUAUUUGGCUUCAGAGAAUCAAAUUAACUAGAGGGAUACAACGAAUAAUGGAUCCAAUUUUCGUUUAUACACUAAUAAUAUCUCCUAUAAUAUGGUCUACCCAGGUCAGCUAGGUGGUAGGUAGAUAGAAUCUCCAACCCGGAGUCAGGAAGACUCUUCUUCCUGAGUCCAGAGCUGGCUUCAGACACUUCCCAGCUGUUUGACAUUGGAUAAGUCACUUAAUUGUGUUUGCCCCAGUUUCAGCUCUCAGAUGAACUGGAGAAAAUGACAUAUCCCAAAUGAGACCCAGGAAAAGUCAUAAACAGUAGAAAUAAGAUCUUUCCACAAGAUCUCAGGGGAUAGGAGUGAUCCUACAAUACAAACAUUUGAGGAUUAGAAAGAAUAAUCUAUGGGGACAAUGCUUUCCUCAAUGCCCCUCCCACUUUCUUUCUCUGCUUUGCAAGUACCAUCCCCAGGCUAUUUCAGACACUGUCAUUCAAACCUUCCUGUCCCAGAAAUUAUAUGCCUUGCAGAUUCUCCCGUGUUUGAUUUCUACUUCCUACCGCAGCUUCUAAAAUCUAGAGAAGUGUUAGGGAUAGUGGUGAUGGUGAUGAUGAUGCUGGUGACGAUGACAACGAAGACUGCUAUCUUAAAACUUGUUCCCAAGUGACGGCGCAGAGCAUGCUCAGUAGGCAGGUCAGGUUUUGCUCCCAUCCAGCUGCCCUUAUUCAACCCCUUCAGAGGCAUUUAACUCUCUAUACAGCUUUUUUUUUUUUUUUUUUUUGAGGAAGCAACACAUUUCCUCUGCCUUCCAUUCUCCCUUCCCCUCCCCUUUUCAAGGCUCCAAGAGAAACUACGCGGUUACAAAGCUCCCACUCUCUUUGCAGCCAAUAAGUGGAUUGGAAGGGGAGGAGUUUAUAGCUGUGGCUUGCAAGCUUUGUGGAGCUCCAAGUUCUUAGAUAAAACCGGGGGAUAGAAAUAGUCGAUUCUAACCUCCGCUGCAUCUGUCACAACGGGAAAUGCUGCUGACCGUGGACUAAGUGAUUUGUGAAAGAUCAGUUGGGACUUUCUGAAGAUCAUGGAUAUUUAAAACAAAUAAGGAGGGUUUUGUUUGUCUGCUUGUUUUUGGAAAGCUGGAUUAGCGCGACAGAGAAAAUGACCCAUAUGUUAAACGCAGCGGCAAAUCGAGUGAAAUGGACCAGAUCUAGGACUGCUAAAAGGGCUGCCUGCCUGGUGGCUGCGGCAUAUGCUCUGAAAACCCUCUACCCCGUUAUUGGCAAGCGUUUAAAGCAGUCCGACAGCAAGAAGAAGCCAGAGGAGCUCUGUCCCACUGCAGACAAUCGGGGAAAGCUGCAUUCCUCCGAGGGCUCCUGGAAGAAAGCGCCCGGAGUGAAUGUAGAUUUUUUCAAACAGCUUCUGCACCUUCGGAAAAUUCUCUUCCCCAAACUUGUGACCACCGAAACGGGUUGGCUAUGCCUUCAUUCCGUGGCUUUAAUCUCAAGAACUUUUCUUUCGAUCUAUGUGGCUGGUCUAGAUGGAAAAAUUGUGAAGAGCAUAGUGGAAAAAAAACCUGGGACUUUCAUCAUUAAAUUAAUCAAAUGGCUUAUGAUUGCAAUUCCUGCAACAUUCGUGAACAGUGCAAUAAGGUAUCUGGAAUGCAAGCUUGCUUUGGCUUUCAGAACUCGUUUGGUAGACCAUGCUUAUGAGACCUAUUUCACAAAUCAGACUUAUUACAAGGUGAUCAAUAUGGAUGGGAGACUUGCAAACCCUGAUCAGUCUCUCACUGAGGAUAUUAUGAUGUUCUCCCAGUCUGUUGCUCACUUGUAUUCUAAUUUGACCAAACCCAUUUUGGAUGUAAUGCUGACUUCCUAUACUCUCAUCCAGACUGCUACAUCCAGAGGAGCAAGCCCGAUUGGGCCUACUUUGCUGGCAGGGCUUGUGGUGUAUGCUACUGCCAAAGUAUUAAAAGCAUGCUCUCCCAAAUUUGGUAAAUUGGUGGCUGAAGAAGCUCACAGGAAAGGGUAUUUGCGGUAUGUGCACUCCCGAAUUAUAGCCAAUGUGGAAGAAAUUGCCUUUUACAGAGGACAUAAGGUAGAAAUGAAACAACUCCAGAAAAGUUACAAGGCUCUAGCAGAGCAAAUGAAUCUCAUUUUAUCUAAACGCUUAUGGUACAUUAUGAUAGAACAAUUCUUGAUGAAGUAUGUCUGGAGCAGCAGUGGACUGAUUAUGGUAGCUGUACCAAUUAUCACUGCAACUGGCUUUGCAGAUGGUGAUUUAGAAGACGACCAGAAGCAAGCUAUGGUUAGUGAACGUACAGAAGCCUUUACAACUGCACGAAAUUUAUUGGCGUCUGGAGCAGAUGCCAUUGAAAGGAUCAUGUCUUCAUAUAAGGAGAUCACCGAAUUAGCAGGCUAUACUGCCCGAGUGUAUAAUAUGUUUUGGGUCUUUGAUGAAGUUAACAAAGGAAUUUACAAGAGAACUGCUAUUCAAGAGACUAAAAAUCCUACCAGGAUUGGAGAUAAAAUAGAAUUGUCGCUCAGUGACACCUUAGAAAUCAAAGGAAAAGUUAUCGAUGUUGAUCAUGGAAUUAUUUGUGAAAAUGUCCCUAUUAUAACACCAGCUGGAGAAGUGGUGGUUUCCAGGCUAAACUUCAAAGUACAAGAAGGAAUGCAUCUUCUGAUAACUGGUCCCAAUGGUUGUGGGAAGAGUUCUCUCUUCAGGAUUUUAAGUGGGCUAUGGCCUGUAUAUGAAGGAGUCCUCUAUAAACCCCCACCUCAGCAUAUGUUCUAUAUUCCACAAAGGCCUUACAUGUCUCUUGGAACACUUCGGGAUCAAGUUAUUUACCCUGACUCAGUAGAUGAUAUGCAUGAGAAAGGAUAUAAUGACCAAGACCUAGAAUGCAUUCUCCAAAAUGUCCAUCUCUAUCACAUUGUUCAGAGAGAAGGAGGGUGGGAUGCUGUCAUGGAUUGGAAGGAUGUCCUCUCAGGAGGAGAGAAACAGAGAAUGGGCAUGGCUCGGAUGUUCUAUCAUAAACCAAAAUACGCAUUACUGGAUGAAUGUACUAGUGCAGUCAGCAUUGAUGUUGAAGGGAAGAUAUUUCAGGCUGCAAAAGGUGCUGGAAUAUCCUUGCUGUCAAUUACACACAGGCCUUCUCUUUGGAAAUACCAUACUCAUUUAUUACAGUUUGAUGGAGAAGGAGGUUGGCGUUUUGAACAGUUGGAUACAGCUAUUCGUUUAUCACUGAGUGAAGAAAAACAAAAACUGGAAUCUCAACUAGCUGGUAUUCCCAAGAUGCAGCAGAGACUCAAUGAACUCUGUGAAAUUUUGGGAGAAGAUUCAGUGCUGAAAACGAUCAAAAAAGAAGAUGAAACGUCUUAAUUUGUUCUGGUGUGUUUUGAAAUUUUCCAUCAUUGCUGUUGACGCUAAUGAGCUCUAAGACACUGUUACAAUGCAUGCAUUGCACUAACUUAAGCACAGAGGGAAAAAUCAGCCAAAAAAAUGAUUUAUGAGAUUUGAGCAUGGCCACAGAAUACAUUUUGAACUUUAAGAAGAAAAUAAACAACUGCAUUUUGAAAAAAGCAAUCACUAUGGAUUAUUCUAAUUUCUAAUGAAAGUCCAAUUCAUCAGCAAAAGGAGACUUUAUCGAUCUGAGAGGAUAUAGGCAAGAUACAAGACUCUUCAAUCUACUUAAUGUGCCUACUAUAUUAAAUGAAAUUUAUUGCAGGCAUGAAACAACAUAAGGUUUGAAUCGUGCGCAUAGAUGCAUAAGACAAAAUGUUUACAUAGAAUUCCAGUCCAUUUAUACUCCAUUGUAAGUUUUAUAUGGUUCGUUUUUCCUAGUUGCUGCUGAAUUUCAACAAAAAGAAAGCAGUUUACUAAUAAGAGUGGUUAAAAACUGGCACUUGAAAGCCAAAUUAUGAAAGUUAUGAUAAAUAUCUUCAGUUGUUCAUCUAUAAUUUUAGACUUUAAACAACUUGAUGCAGGCAUGUAGCAUCAAAUUAAGUGGGAAUUUCACAUCCUUUAAGAAUUCCUUAAUUUCAGAUAGUGAAUGGCCAAAAUGAAAAAGGACAAUCCAAUAAAUGUUUGCUUCAAAUUAUUUUCUUUGUAGCUACAUAUAAUUGUAAUCCAGAAAUGCAAAACUUAUGAGUCUAAUGGUUAUAUUAUAGCAAAAAAAGACAUUCCAAAAAUAUUGGAAUGGAAAGAAAUAGAAAAUUACUUUUCACCAUACCUAAUUGGCUAUGAAAUGAAAGUAGUUUGGUUAAUGUGUUGAGAAAAAAUGGAUUUAGUAAUGUUAAUGUUAAUGCUAUUGUUUUCUAAGUAACAAUGAUAAAAUAAAAAUGAAGGUGACAUAAUUUGUUCAGUGAGGAACAGGAAAAGGUAGUCCUUGUCCUCAUCCUCACCUCCUUAGUUUCCUUCAAAUCUCAGAUAAAAAUCCCACCUUCAACAAAAAGCUUGUUUACACACAGUUGUUUGCAUGUUGUCUUCCACAUUAGAUCAAGAGUUCUUUGAGAGCAGGAAUUGUUUUGUGCCUUUCUUUGUAUCCCUAACACUUAGCACAGUUACUGGCACAUAGUAGGCACUUAAAUGCUUGUUGACUAUUACAUACAAAUAAUAAUGGUCUUCUUGAACCUUAACAAACAGGAGUAAUUACUCCUAUGCAAUAAACAUUAUUUUUUAUCACAGUUGUUCAUGUACUUUACAGAAUAUCUAGGUGACAUGGGUUAAAAUAAUGAUAGCUAACAUUACAGUGCACUUUAAGUUUUGCAAAGCACAUUACAUAUAUGAAUGCUUUAGCUAUUGAUACAAAUAAAAGUUUGGAUUAUUUUUACUUCCUGUAGCUCUUUGAUACUCUGCAAAUGAAAGAACAGUAUUUGAGAUUUCUGGUGCUUGUGACACCAUGUUGACAGAACAGAAAAAAAAUUAGAACAAUCUAAACUUUUAGCUUCCUCAGGUUCCAGUGACAUAUAGAAGUAUUAACACCAUCUUUGCCUUCUUAGUUGUUAAACUCUAAGUCAAAUUUCUUGAAUAAAAAAAGAAGUUAUUGGAAAAACAAAAAUAAAAAAGGUUUCCUUUGGGUUAUGAUGUCUAAUUGUUGUGUCUUCAUUACUUCUGAUUUUAAGAAAUCCAAUAGUUUCUAAGCCCUCUGUGUGACAUAAAGCAUAUAGUUUGUAUAUAUUACUUAGCAUGUAUUUAGCAUUUAGUAUCCGGAACUAUCCUAAGAGGAUAAAAACUAAAUUAUGGCAAAGGAAACUCCUAGAUAACUUUCCUGUAACAUUGUAAGCCAGUAUCUUUCCUGUAACUUUUGCUCAGACCAUUGAAAGAAUAAGUCAUUUGUCCAGUGUCACACAAUCAAAAUAUUUCAGAUGUGGGACAUAGAUCCAGAUUUUCUUGACUCUAAGGGAAGGAUUGAAUUACCAUGCUAUAUUGUCUCUCAUUUUGUGUAUGUGCUCUCCAAAUAAUAAAGUGUAACUGCAUUAUUUGCAUGUAAGAUUGGAUGAGAUUUGAAUAAUACAUUUUUGGGGGUGCACUUAAAAAUCAUUGGUGCCAAUUGAAAGUCACCCGCAUUCAUCAUUUAAAGUUUUAGGUACUAUGUAAAAUAUUAAAAAAAAAUUGUGAAACAUUUUUUGUAUCCUAUUAUUUUCAAACUUGUUUCCUAACAGUGGAAAUGUCUUACUAAAAAAUAAUUUUGUUGGGGUAGCUAGAUGGUGAAAUGGAUAGAGUACUAGCCCUGGAGGCAGGAGGACCUGAACUUAAAUCCUGCCUCUGACACUUCACACUUUCUGGCUGUGUGACCCUGGGCAAGUCUUGCCUUAUCAUAUAUACAUGUAUAUAUGUAUACACACACAUAUAUUCUAAUAAUAGUCAAGAUGUUUCCAUAAUAUAUAUUUCUAUGCUUUCAUUAUCAUGUUCAAUGAAAAUUGAGAAAACAACCAAGCCAUCUUGGAUUAAUGAAGGAAGAAAUGCAGAGAAGGGGAAACCACAUGGAAACACUUUAAUGUUCAAACUAUUCCCUGCACAUUAUCCAAAUAUUUUUUCAGUAAAGAAAACUUCCAUAAUGGAAUAUAAAGUUAGGUUUUUUAAAUGAUUUUUAAAAAUUAUAACUUGGAAAGUAAACUAUAUUCUACCAAAAUAUUACCCUAUAUUCCUACAACAUUUAGAGUUAUGUGAAGCAUGGCAGCAAAACAAUGUGUCCUCUGUAAAGAAUAAUAUAUUAAAUCAUUCUGGGUUAAUGUCAAGUAUAAUAUGUCUUGAAAAUUAAGUGAGGUCACAUUUGCAUGUGGGAUACUUUCUUUUGCACAUUAUUUCUAACAUUUAAUUUCAGCCCUGCCAAUUAAGAUACAAUUGGAGAUAAUUUUUAUUGGAAUUUUUAGUUCCAUAAAAAUGUAAUAAUUAACAAUAAGAUUAACAUUAAAUAUUUUUUUUAAAAAAAGGAAAGAAAGAAAUAUAGUUGUAAUAACUUCCUGAUGCAUUAACCUAGGAAAUCAAAUAUUUCGUUUCUUGAAUUAGAAACUGAACUUAUAUAAAUGAGAAAUGAGAGAUAAAUUCCACUUAAUAUUAUCAAAAAUUGUCAUUAAAUUAGACAGUGAUUCUGUGUGAAUGACCUCAAAAUGUAUUUAUGACUAAUAUGUAGUGAUUUAAUUUCACAUCUUUUUAUACUUUUAAGUAGCUUGGGGAUAAGAAAAUUAAAGGUAUUUGAUUUAGUCACAGAAAAAUAAUAAAUUCUCUAGUUAACUGAGUUAAAUUACUAUGUUAACUAUACCAACACAGAAUUUUAUUAACAGAUUACCCAACACAUAACCAUUGACACAAAAGACUGUUUACAUAGUAGGUCCUAUACAUUUUUUUUUUACUUAAGUCUUUCUUAUAUUAUUAAUUCCUGUGGGGUUUCAAAUCUCUUAAAUUUUACUGACAGAUUUGAUCAGCUGUCAUUUUAAAACUAGAUAUACUGAAUUUUAUGAGAUUAGAUAUAGGUGUACUUGAUUACUUUCUAGCAAAGAUGUGUGAAAAGAAAAUUUAAGUAAAAUGAAAUAUUUUCCUUUUGAUUUUUGAUCCCAUAGAAAAAUUCUUCAAAUUACAGAGUUGAAUUUUUUUAAAUGAAAAGAUACCUAGCAAGUGAAUGACUUUUUGGCAUUUGAACAUGGUAGUACAAAAAUUGAAAAUCAUCAUUCUAUAAUCAUUAGUAUUUUUAGUCCUAAUAAACAAUGGGUUUUUCUUUGUAAGAUUUUCUUCACUUUAAGAUUAUUUAAUGUCAAUCAUUCUUCAACUUUGAGCAUUUUCCCCCCCUGAAGCUGAAAUCCCUAUAAAUCUGGUAAUUUUGUCUCCUUCCUCUUUUGGUCAGAAUAGUUUCAAUAUGAAAUAGAUUACAUGUAUACUUUAUUAUACUUUAGUAAUUGCUAGGACUAAUAAGGAAGGGAAAGGAGUUAGCAUUGAUAUAGUGACUACUAUGUGCCAGGUACUAAGCUUAGUUCUUUUAUAAAUAUUAUCUCAUUUAAUCCAUACAACAAUCCUUCAAGGUAGGUGCUAUUAUUGUCCUCUUUUUAUAGUGGAAAAAACUGAGGGAACAGAAGUUAAAUGAAUUUACUUCAGAUCUUCCUACUACAGAGCUUGUGUACUCUCUACUGUACUUCAAGCUGUCUCUAUAUGAUUUGCUAAUACAGUAUGUUCCCUGAAUAUUCAUUAAGUUUAAAGCUUCAAGGCAUGUAAAAUUAACUGGUUCCUUUCUUUUUCAAUUCUAUAACUUCAAAUUUACUUAGAAUAAGGGCUAUAUAUAUUGAGAUGACUUUGAGCAAAUAAAACAACUACCUUGUUCUGAAAAACCCAAAAUGUAUAACUAACUACUCAGUGCAUAACCAUAAUUGUAUGUAUUUAACACAUUUUUAGAAUAUGUACAAUCCAUAAAUAACUUAUUCUUUCUUUUCUCUAUAAAUAGUAAGAUGGGUGAGGUUUUCAAUAAUACUUCUUUAUGAAAUUUUCAUAUUUAAUGUCCUUUACAAAUAGCCUAUAUAGCAAUAAAUGUCAUUUCUAUUUUAAAUAUUAAAUAAAUAUAAUUUCUUUGCUAUGUAGUUUAGUAAUAUUAUUUAUUUUGAUCAUGUGAACUACAACCUUAUGUAUCUAGAUUGAUUGGAAAUAGGAAUGACCUAAAUACAGUAAUACUUGGUUAAUCCAAAUUGCUAGCUUUGGACCUUUUUGCUCUUUUUGAAAAAGGCAUAAAAAUGGAAAGACAUCUCAUCAGAAAACAAAUAUAAUAGAACUUAUAUGCAUACUUGUUUGCACUGUAUACAUACUAAUAUAAUGUGUAUUAUAUGCAUAUUUGCAUACAUACAUUUCCAAAAUGAUAAACAUUCUGCCCAAUGGAUCAAGUAAAAAAAAAAAUAUCCUUUUCUGCUGGCUAGCUUGCUUAACAAAACAAGUCAACCAUAGCAAAGAUCCACAUAAACAGGGACUGAAUAGAAUAAAUUACAUUACAGUCUUUAAACAAUAGAGCCAAAUUGACUUUUUUCUAGACAUCUCCAUUUCUGCAUCUCUCCCAUGCUUGUAAUAUACUUCCUCCUCAUCUCUAUUGCUUGGAAUUUCUGAGUUUCUUCAAGGCUUAUCAGUUACCACUUUCCCCCUGAAUCCCUUCAUCCCCCAACUGCUGUUGCCUCCCCCCCAAAUUAUAUUGUAACUAUUUUGUAUGCAUGUAGAUAUGUAAUAUAUGUAUGUAUGUACAUCUCACCUUUUUGGAUAGUAAGCUCUUAGAGAGCAAGAACUGUUUCACUUUGGGUGCUGUGUUCUCAUCAACUCAGCAAGGUGCCCAGCACAAAACAGGCAAUAAUAAAUACUUGAAAAUA